AUGACUAAGAUAAUUAAGGAGAUGUUGCCUCCAGAUGUACGUGUUGCGCGAGAUACUCAAGAUCUUUUGAUCGAGUGUUGUGUAGAGUUUAUUAAUCUCGUAUCAUCAGAAUCAAAUGAAGUGUGUAGUAGAGAAGACAAAAGAACAAUCGCACCCGAACAUGUUCUUAAGGCAUUAGAGGUUCUUGGUUUUGGGGAUUACAUAGAAGACGUUUAUGCUGCAUACGAACAACACAAAGUCGAAACCACCGACACUGUUAAAGGUGGAAAGUGCACGAAUGGAGCUGAGAUGACUGAAGAAGAAGCAUUAGCCGAGCAGCAAAGGAUGUUUGCAGAAGCACGUGCUAGAAUGAACGGUGUUGCAACCGCGACCACAACCGCAACGGUUUGCUGA